CUCUCUGGGGAACAGAUGGGUCUAUAUGUACACAGACACCGGCACAUCCCUCUAACAGCAAAGCAUCGACACAGAGAAACGCAUACAGCAGAGAUCACGAGAAUCGGUCCAGAAGUGAAGAUGUUGGCAGUUGUGGGGGUUUUAUUCUUCGUGGCGGGUGUGAGCGACAGUUUGGUUCUGAAUAAAUGUCAACUAAAGCAACAACUUGAGGCCGCUGCCUUUACUUUACCCCAGGGGGUGCUGAACGAAACCACCGAAGACCUCCUGGCAAAAAUUGUGUGUCACACCCAGCUGACCUCCGGCUUCAAUACCAGCACCGUUAAGCAGAUCACAAAUCCAAACAAUUGCAGCAAUUCGGAUGAAAGCGAUCGGGGGAAUCGCAUGGUCAGGUCUGCAAGGAGCGGUAAAGGUAGACCUCCUCCCCCCAGCCAGGUCGAACCAUCAUCUUCUGAAGAAGAUUCAGACAGCGGUGAGAAGCAUGAGAAUGGUGGCAUGAAACUAUGGACCCUGUACGGCCUGUUUCAGCUCAGUGACAGUGUGGCGUGCACCUCGACUCGCGGUCGCUCCCUGAACCUUUGUGGCCUGAGCUGCAGCAAGCUUAUUGAUGAUGACAUCAGCGAUGACCUGGCCUGCACUCAGCUCCUAAUAAAUAAAAUAACUGCAGUCAACCCGGAUCGCAAAGUUGCUGACCUCAUCAACAAAAUGAUCUCGCUGAUCUACCAGGCAGAAUGUGUCAACGUGGUGGCGUCUUCAUAUUUCUCAGACUGUUAGAAUGAAUCAGUCAUACUUUCCUUUACUUUUACAUUUAUAGUCACUUAUAUUGUUGUAAUAUUGUGAAGUUUAUUCCAAUACAUCUCCAGACCCACACUAAAUGAAUAGAUCAUUAAAACUAUUUGAAUGCA